AUGACGUCGAGAUUGGACCGGCUCCUCCUCCUCCUCGACACCGGCUCCUCUGCCUCUGUCCGCACCACCGCCGCCAAACAAUUGGCACAGCUCGCUGCAAAGAGCGUCAUCACCGACGUUUCCCUCGCCGAAGACGAUGUCAAGACUACCCGCCACCAUGUUCCCGUCGGCGACCCCGCCGGCUGGGCUGAGCUUAUGGCUGUCAUGGCUCGAAUCCUCCCAUACCUCCACUCACGCUCCCACGAAACCCGCUCGGCCGCCGCCACCGCACUCUCACACAUCUUCACACUAGUCCCUUUGUGGAUACCCUAUGCUGACGCACAAACUAACCCUUACGGCGCGUCGACCACUCAACCCGCUCCCGAAUUCCCCCCUUUCUCCGUCCGCGAGCUUAUGGAAAAGGGCACGUUGCUUCUCGCCUCCUCCGGCAAGGAGUUCACCAAACCUACCGGCAUCCUCGCCAACUCGACCGAGGUCAAGAAGGCGCGCAAGGAGGCCAUGGGCCGCCUGGGCCUAGACUUCCUCGACAGCUUCGGCGGCGCUGACGAUAUGGACAUCGACAAGGAGCUCGCCGCUGACGAGCCCGACGCCGACGUCGAGAUGGCGCAGCCGCAGCCGCAGCUGGUGCCGGCCCCAAUGUCUAUCAAGACCGAAGUCAGGGUUGAGGUCAAAGCCGAGGACAACCCGCCUCUGAGCUCACCCAUAGAGGAGCUUGUCGAUAUCAAGGUCAAAACGGACCCGAGUCUUCUCGACAGGUCGAAGUCCUCAACCCCGGUCGCUGCGCCUUCUCCUGCGACAACCACCGCCCCCGAGGAUACCUCCGCCCUUUCCGCGCGCGAACGCAAUAGGCUAAAACGCAAACGCAAGCCGGGCAACGCCGCCGUCGUCGGCGCACCUCCACCCACACAAGGUUCUGGAGCCAAGUUUCAGGCUGCGGCUGCGGGUCCCACGAAAGCGCGCCUGGUCUCGACAGACGAGACUUCUUCUGCCAAACAGCGCGGAAGCAGCCCAAAGUCGCCCACAGAAGGCUCUGCACAGGACCGUGUCGCCAUUGAUCCCACAAAGGGAGGUGCCAUCGCCCCUAAACUUGAGAGCAAGUCGAAGGCGCUUGAAGUUGAGCCCGGGACUUGGAUCUGGGAUGGCCUCGUGAAGCUGCUUGAGGUCGACCUUUUCAGCGCCGCCUGGGAAGUCCGCCAUGGCGCCGCGAUGGCUCUCAGAGAGGUGCUCAAGCUUCAGGGAAAGUUUGGUGGCAUGAAAGCCGAUUCCUCAUGGGAUGAGAACCUCCUUGCCCACGAGAAGUGGUGCAACGACCUCGCUGUCAAAUUUUUGUGCAUUUUCGUGCUUGACCGCUUCGGAGACUUCGUGUCUGACCAAGUCAUCGCCCCCGUUCGCGAAACUGUCUCGCAAACGAUGGCCUCCCUCCUCCUUCACAUGCCUCGAAGAUCCGUACUUCGUGUGCAUAAUCCUACCAACGGCAAGCUGACCAUCAAACAUGGCGACCGCAGUCACGUAUGGGAGUACGAGGUCGCCGUCCGCAGUGACCUUGUGAGCCUAGACGUACCCGAAGGAGAUUCCGCGAUGGAUGUCGAUGACGGCAAAGAGGUGUUGCGGGGUGUCGUCGAUGCCGCCGUUCUAGGCCUCGGGGAUCGCGACGACGACGUGCGUUCGGUAGCCGCGUCAUGCUACUGCCGGUCGCGUCAAGAACUCAGCCGAGUGUUGGCCGGUAUGAAAGACGACCUGAGCUCUAGUGUUGGUGCUGUCAUGGACCUUCUGGGUCAAUUGGUAGCAUAUAGCGAAGUCAUCGAGAUCAUUGCCGACGAGGCACGGUCAACCUUCGUUGAAGAACGCUGCGACAUCCGCGAGGCGACAUUGACGACAUGGAAACACGUCCUCGAUACGAUGAGCGUGCAAUCCGGUUGGAUGGAGGAGUCGGUCACGCAACCAGUGCUACUCGAGUGGUACGCGGUCCUGAUGACCCCCCUGGGCUUGCCUCUCGACUCGUCGACUUUCUAUGAUGCGAACGUUGAUGCGAAGAACGGCGGCCCAUCGGAACGACACAAUGUCGACAAGAAUAUGCUCACGCAAGAUCUCUCUCUGGUCCCAAUCGAAGUGGUGAUUCAAGCCAGGCUCGCGGCCUCCUCCGCCCUGGCGUACAUCAUAGCCUAUUGGCCAUCCAGCGACAAGUCGCCCCCCAUAGACGACACCUUCCGGCCCAUCCUCGUGCACUACGUCGACUCCACCAGCAUGCUCCAAAAGUUCCUCGCCGCGAUCAUAUCCGAAUACUGGGCGCGCACCUACGACGCCCGCGCCGGGCCCGACGCGCCCCUCCUCAUCGACGCCUCCCCGCUCGCGGCCGACCUCGCGCAGAAGACGCUCGCGUGGCUGCAGGCGGACCCGCCCGCGGCGUACCACGAGCAGGCGUUCGCGCUCGCGCGCAUCCACGGCGAGUGCUACAACCUCCUCCAGAGCUUCGCGUACGACUGCAAGCUGCCGCAGACCGCGAUCCCGCAGCUCGGGACGGAGAUCGACGUGACGGGCACGCGCGACGGCUGCUUCACGAUCGACACCGCGCAGCAGGCCGUCGGGCGCAUGUUCGACCGGCUCAAGGAGAGCCUCGGGCGCACGAAGAAGCGCGAGGUCGCGAUCAUCAAGGACAAGCGGCUCAAGGUCGUGUCGAGCAUCGAGCGCUAUAUCGAGGUCAAGGGGCAGUACGACGUGCGCGUCGCGGCGGCGUUCGCGGCGGCGUUCGUCGCGUUCCGCGGGACGCCGGACAAGGUCAGCCCGAUCGUCAAGGGCAUCAUGAACAGCAUCAAGAACGAGGAGAAUCUCUCGCUGCAGACGCAUUCGGCCUCCGCCGUCGCUGCGUUCGUUGAGUUCUGCGUCCGGCGCGAUCUUUCACAGCCGCCAGACAAGAUCGUCAAGAACUUGUGCACGUUCCUCUGUCAAGACGUUGAGCAGACUCCGACGUUCCUCUACCACCGUAAGGUGCUCUCCGGGGUCCUCUCUUUCUCCAAGUCUCCGGCGGCGGCAGCGGCAGAAGCAAGCAAUGGCAAGGAUGCCAAGAGCGCAGAGGACCCGGCGAAGGCCCGUUUGUCGCGGAGAGGCGCCAGGCUCGCGUUCGAGAAGCUGUCCGAGAAGUUCGGCCCUAAGCUGCUCGAAGCGGUCCCGAAGAUGUGGCAAUCUAUGGCCGGUGGGCUUCUGAGUGCAUGCUCCACAGACUCUGUGUCCAAGAUGGACGAGCAGAUCGAGAAGCGCCACGGACAGGACGUCAUCGACUCGCUCAGCGUGUUCGAGGCCGUUGUGCCCACCUUCCAUGCCGACCUCUCGCACAACUUCACCGAGCUCUUCCCGCAUGUCGUCCUCGCCCUCCGGAGCCGCUUCGCGAUCGUCCGCCAGUCGGCUGCGCGCUGCUUUGCGACGAUCUGCGACGUGCUCACGUGCGACGCGAUGCGUUACGUGAUCGAGAAGGUUGUGCCCUUCCUUGGCGACACUGAGGAGCUGUCCAACCGUCAGGGCGCCAUUGAGCUCAUCUAUCACAUCGUGCAGAAGCUGGACAUCAAGGCGCUUCCCUACGUCAUCUUCAUGGUCGUCCCUGUCCUGGGACGCAUGAGUGACCCAGACGAUGACGUCCGUUCAACGGCGACGAACACCUUCGCGUCGCUGGUGAAGAUGGUACCGCUUGAGGCCGGCCUCCCCGAUCCUCCGAAUUUCCCUGAGGACCUGCUCAAGCGCAGGGAGCAAGAGCGUCAAUUCCUCAUGCAACUUCUCGACGGCAGCAAGGUGGAGCAGUACAAGAUCCCGGUCACGAUCCAAGCCGAGCUGCGCAAGUAUCAGCAGGAGGGCGUCAACUGGCUCGCCUUCCUCGCCAAGUACCAGCUGCACGGCAUUCUCUGUGACGAUAUGGGUCUCGGGAAGACACUUCAGUCCAUUUGCAUUCUAGCCAGCAAGCACCACGAGCGCGCGCAGAAGUACAAGCAGUCCAAGUCCCCCGACUCCAAGCACCUUCCGUCGCUCAUCGUCUGCCCGCCAACGCUGACUGGCCAUUGGUACUACGAGAUCCUCAAAUACACCGAGAACCUCCGUCCGGUGCUGUACACCGGAAACUCGCGCGAGCGGUACAAGCUCCUGCCGAAGCUCAAGACCUACGACGUCGUCAUCACCUCGUACGAGGUGGUCCGGAACGACAUCUCAAGCCUGCAGGACAUUCACUGGCACUACUGCAUCCUCGAUGAGGGUCACAUCAUCAAGAACGCCAAGACGAAGCUGACGAAGGCCGUCAAGCAGGUCAAGGCCGUUCACCGCCUCAUCCUGUCGGGCACCCCGAUUCAGAACAACGUCCUGGAGCUGUGGAGUCUGUUCGACUUCCUCAUGCCUGGGUUCCUUGGCACGGAGUCGUCGUUCAACGAGAGGUUCAGCAAGCCGAUUCUUUCUAACAGGGACGGCAAGGCGAAGACCGGUGAAGCUGCUGCGUUGGCUCUCGAGGCCCUCCACAAGCAGGUCCUACCCUUCCUGCUCCGUCGCCUCAAAGAAGACGUGCUACAUGACCUGCCUCCGAAGAUCAUCCAGGACUAUUACUGCGAGCUCUCAGACCUCCAGAAGUUCCUCUACGACGACUUCUCGAAGUCUCGCGCCAAGAUGGAGGCGGAGGACGUCGUGCGCUCCACGAAGGAGAAGGACGGUGAGCAGCAGCACGUCUUCCAGUCGCUCCAGUACCUGCGCAAGCUCUGCAAUCAUCCGGCGCUCGUGCUCAAAACCGACAAGGAGGCGAUCAAGGACGCGCUCGCCAAGGCGAGCACGGGCUCCUCUGCAGGCGCCCUCAGCGAUAUUCAUCAUGCGCCCAAGCUGCAAGCGCUUCGGCAACUGCUCAUCGACUGCGGGAUCGGGCUCGCCCCGGGCGCGACGGGGGACACGUCCAAGUCGGAGCUCGUCGACGACGAGGGCACGGGCUCGGGCGCGUUCUCGCAGCACCGCGUGCUCAUCUUCUGCCAGAUGAAGCAGAUGCUGGACAUCAUCGAGACCGACCUCUUCAAGCAGCACAUGCCCUCGGUGACGUACAUGCGCCUCGACGGCACGACGGACGCGAACAAGCGGCACGCCGUCGUCCAGACGUUCAACGCGGACCCGUCGAUCGACUGCCUCCUGCUCACGACGCACGUCGGCGGGCUCGGGCUCACGCUCACCGGCGCGGACACCGUCAUCUUCGUCGAGCACGACUGGAACCCGAUGAAGGACCUGCAGGCGAUGGACCGCGCGCACCGCAUCGGGCAGAAGAAGGUCGUCAACGUCUACCGGCUCAUCACCAAGGGCACCCUCGAGGAGAAGAUCAUGGGCUUGCAGCGCUUCAAGCUCAACAUCGCCAACUCGGUCCUCGUGCUCGACCUGUUCAAGCGCACGUCCGAGCAGGAGGACGCGGCCGCGGCCGCGAAGAAGAAGGACAAGGACGCCGGCGGCGCGAGCCUCGGCCACAAGAACGUCCUCCGCGGGCUCGAGGACCUCCCGCCCGAGGAGGAGUACCAGGAGCUCGACCUGAAGAGCUUCAUGGGUCCAUCGGCCGCUGAACGAUACCCGGAGAACGGGGGGCGCGAAGUAGUAGCAGCCCCCCGCCGACCCCGGCAACAUCGUGAACCGUAUCUUUAUCGUCUCGUCGCAUCGCUCUCGGACCUCGCCAUCUCAUGA